CGAUUUCAGGCCGCCAAAGACUUAGAGAGAGAGAUAUGUACGUAGAUAUCUAUGUGUUGAAGCACCUCCUAAUCCUUCACAGGCCUUGGAUUUGCUGAGCUCUGGAUAACGUGACCAUGCUAUGAUAUGGCAGUAUCCAUUUUCAAUCCCAGCCAUGGGGUUCAGUUGCCUCCACUAGUAUUUAAAGCAAUGUUUGAUAGUCUUGAGAGGCCACUGGUUGUGAAGGGCCAACUUCAGCCAUGGAUGCAGGCACAGUCUUGGAAAGUAACGGAUGUGUGCAGUAUCUUGGGUAAACAUGGAGAAAUCACAACAUUUAAAAUCUGCCCAAGAGAAGGAAGUGAGAGUUUUAAGAAGAGGUUCAAGAAAAAUGAUCCGAUAUUCGAAACACAGUGUGAUUAUGUAGAUGCGACAUUCACGGACUUCGUUGAGUGGUUGUCAGUUGCACAAUGUCAGCUUAACGAGCCAGCCUCUAAGAAACUGAAAAUUGAUACGACCGCAAGCGAUCAUACGCCGAAGUUCGAUGGUCUUUCUAACCCUCUUUUGCAGUAUGCUAGCUCAGAGUAUUGGGUGUAUGCAGACUACAAGUAUAUGUGUCACGUGUGUAGAGAUCAUCCUGAGCUUCUUUCAGCUAUUAACUGGAGCUUGUUUGGCUUUGACGGUUGCAAUGGGACGGAGUCGACCCUCUGGAUUGGCUCUGAAGGAGCGUUCACGCCCUGCCAUUACGAUACUUACGGGUGUAAUAUUGUAGCACAGUUGUCCGGCGUGAAAAAGUGGACACUCUUUAGCCCAACAGAUAGCGAUUAUCUCUACCCAACACGACUACCGUAUGAGGAAUCGAGUGUUUUUAGUGGUGUGAAUGUUGUGAGCCCAGAUUUGGAAAAAUACCCUUUGUUUCAGCACACAACUGCAUUCACUGCUCUUCUCGAACCUGGUGAUGUAUUGUAUGUGCCGAAGCACUGGUGGCACUAUGUUCAAAGUAUGGGAUCUGAACCAACACUCAGUGUGAAUAUGUGGAUUCAACAAGAGAGUUUUCCACAUGAGCGGGUCAAAGAGGCAAUCACAAGAACACUGAUAUCCCAGUUCACUGCACAUUUAGCUGAACCAGAGGUACCGCCUGACUGGAUUAACCCCAAUGAGGUUAUACUUUCAACUGGUGAGAAUCUGAAGCUUCUGUCCAAAAUGGUGCACGACAGAAAGUACCAAUUGACAAGCACUAAUUGUGCAGCUGAUGGUCGUGAUAGUAAGAGCGGAUCCCCUAGCAUUACUAAUAAGACUUCAAGCAAGCGUAAUAUUAUUAGUGGCAGUGAUGACCCAUGCACUGGCAGUGAGCAUCAGCAACAUCAAAAACAACAAAGUGACAUUGAGAUUCCAAGCAAAAAGGAUAUUACAAAAAGAGAAAUAAGUAUGCAAGACUUUGUGAAAGCUAUUACUGAUGACAAGGUUGUAACAUUAAUAUCGAAUAUUUUACUGAAAAAUGCUCACGUACUAUAGACGUGUUCAUAACGAUUAUAUUUUUGAUCGAUUUGCCCAAUACAUGUACACUGUGCUGUG